GCGAUGGACUCUUUCCUGUCAACAGCCCAGAGCGAUGAAGUCAUCGGAGUCCACUGCACGCACGGUCUCAACAGGACGGGUUAUCUGAUCUGCAGAUAUUUGAUUCAGCAACUGGGAUGGAAGGCCGAUGAUGCAAUCGAAGCAUUCGAGGAGGCGAGAGGGCACAAGAUCGAGCGCCAGGCGUACGUCGAUCACUUGAAAUCGAUAUCCAUGGAGAAAAUCGAUACAUCCUCGGUGAAUUCAGAGCCUUCAUUGAAUUUUGAUUUCAAUAAAUUCAGGGCGGUAUGUUCCAAAGCGGCUGAAUAUGAGCUACCGAAAUUAUGCCCUGAACGACCCCCAGAGAGGAGAUGGGCGCAGGGCUCAUGCCAUUUUUCACCCCCUCAGUUUAGUGAUGUGCGACGUGAGGGUGAACCCUCUUGUGAAUCUUUUUCACCAGGAAAUAUGCACAGAGGACCUCUGCCUAUGGGACCACCAGAUUAUAUUCUUCCUCAUCUUAACCCUGAAACCUGUUCACCAAGACCUUUUUUCCAGCCCCCAGAUCGUCCUCAAUUCCAAAGUCUUGUCGGGAUUCCACUGGAUGAUCCUUAUGAUCGUCAGAACAGGAUAAUUUCUCAAUCUCUAGGUCGUCGUUGUCACGGAGAAAAAGACGACGAUCGAAUCGAUACCCGUAUUGAUGUACCUCCAGAUCUUCAUAAAUAAUUAUUUCGAUUGAUACGAAUUGGUUGCACGAACCAAGUGUUUCGCAAAGAUAGAAUUUUAAUUUUACUGGAAAUAAUUCAGUGGCGAAAUGAGAAAUUGAAAUUUUUCAUUAUUUACCGAUUUGU